AUGAGCGAGGGCUGCUGUGGGCCAUGUCUGCGGCGCUGCUUCUUCGUGUCGGCGGCUACGGCAGGGGCGUGUAUUGCCAUGCCCCGCUUGUCCCUGCUGCCCAAGUUCGACUUGAUCCCGGAGCUACGAGUGUUUUUCAGCCUGGACAAAGAUGCCGGCAACGCCACGGGCCGCGAGGCCGACGAGGUAGCUAGCAAGGAGUGCUUGCCGCUUUGGGAAGCCUCUGCCUUUCAGCUGGGCUGGGACCAAGCAUGCGCAAACUAUCGGGGUUUCCGAGACGAGACCUGCCCGUUAUUUCGCGGCUCCCGGAUGGCCUCCGAUGCUACGCUCUUCCUGGAGGUCGCCAGACGCUCAGCGGACCAAAGCUUCCGCCCCAAGCUGGCGCGGCUCAAGGCGCGCUUGGCUGAGGCCCACCUCCAGAAGCGGCCCUUCAACGUCUUGGGCAUUGGCCCAUCGAACACGGCGGGGGUAGGGUGCACUGGCCAUGGCCUACGCUGGACGGACGCCUUGCAGUUCUUAUCGAACAGCUCCCAGCUGAAGCUCAAUGUGACCAACGCAGCGCGCCGGGCCAAGCCCUUCAAGGAGGCAUGGCCUUCCGUGCUGCAGCCCUACAAAGACACAGGCGCACUGGACCUGAUCAUCGUGGAUUUUGCGGUCACGGCGCAGGAUGUGCCGGCCAGCCGGCACCAGACCAUGCUCAUGCACCGUGCGCUGAACCAGUGGCGCAGCCCGCCGGCGCUGCUCUACUUCGAGACCUACACCGGGCGUGCCAUAGAAACCAUGCAGCAGAAGAAGGUGGACCAGUGCCUCUUCGCCGCAGACUUGGAGAACCUGGACCCUUUCUACGCGGUGCUGAAAUCCCUGGGAAUCCCCGUGCUCAGCUAUCCAGACAUCGCCUGUGAAAUGACUCGGGGCCAAGAGAUCCUUCCGCACGACAAGCGGAUCCCCUAUUUGUACUCAGUGGAAGCGAGCCAUCACUACUCCUGCGGCGUUCACCUGAUUCAGGCCCAGGCGAUGUUUCUCUACCUGAGCCGACUUCUCCAGGAGGCCUGCGACCACGGCUUCCAGACCGACUCCGACUCCGACUCCGACUCCUCCGACACGAGUCCGCUGUCGCUGGAGGACCAGUGCCAACUGUCGCUGGUGGACUAUUGGUCCUUCUUCAGCGGCGCUGGGUUUCCAGCCACGGUGGCAAAAGCUGACUCCGCGUGGAAGUUCGGGGCGGACCGUGCCGGGAAGUAUGGGUGGAUCGCGCACUGGGACGGAAAGUCUGUGGGGGGAGACACAGGCGGCAAGGUGCCAGACACCAAGAUCAAGUUCGCUGACCUGCCGCAGCACGACAUCCUGUUCCACGUGUCCAUGACUCUGGGCCUGGUGCUGGUGGAAUAUUUGUCCACCUAUGCGAACAUCGGCGCAGCUACCUGCCUUCUGGAGGAUCCAGCCGGCCACGCCGUGAGCGAAGCAGUGCGGAUCAACGCUCUCUGGAGCGAGAAGGUGUCCUUGUCUAGCCAGGUGACCUUGUCCGCAGACCUCAGCAAACUGAAAGACCGCGGCAAAAAGCGGGCGGUGGUCCGAUGCAAGAGCGAGGGCCAGAAAUUCAAGAUCCUUGCGAUCUCGAGCUGCUGA